AUGGGAGCCGUGGAUCUCCAGCCGUGGCGCUUCCCCUUCUCCCGCGACUUACCUGCAGGCCUUGAAACGGAGAUGAUGGAAGCCCCCAACGGGGAAGAGGAACGUCAAAGGAAAACCAAAGGCAAUCUUUUUGCACAGUCUAGAACCCCCAAAGCGUUCCCUGCACGGGUGACACUGUUGCAGGUUAAACAAGAGCCCAAGGAAGGGUUGGACCAGCCGUGGGGGGCCCAGGGGCAGGAGCGGUGGAGAACCUGGCAGCCCAGAUCUUCAGGAGAACCGUCUUCACAAUUUCAAAGCAGAGGAGAAAUCGGCCGGCUGGCACCAACCUCUUUGGAGGACAAAUCUGGAACUAAGCAGUGCCUGGAAGCCCCCUCGGGUGUGGGCCUCGGGGAAGAAACCGAAGGGAUCUACCAGAGUCUGGAAGGUGAAGAUGGAGAAGGGGACGAGAAGGCCAAGGAAGAUCUUCCGGACCAAGAGGACGUAAGCUCUGAGAUCCAGCGGAAGCGGUUCAGGCAUCUGUGCUACCGGGAACUGGAAGGGCCUCGCAAGGUUUGCGGCCGACUCCGGGAUCUCUGCAGUCAGUGGCUGAAGCCAAAGCAGUGUACAAAGGAGCAGCUGCUAGAGAUGGUGAUCCUGGAGCAGUUUUUGGCCAUCCUGCCCAAGGAGAUGCAGAGCUGGGUCAAGGAGGGUGGACCAGAAAGCUGUGUCCAAGCGGUGGCCCUGGCCGAGGACUUCCUGCGGAGUCAGGAAGAGCCCAGAGGCUUCUGGGAAGAAAAAGUGCCACCAAAGUCACCUGGAGGAGGAAAAAUGAACGCUGCUGUUGGGCCUCCAUUGGAGGUUGAAACAGGACAUUCGGACCAGGAGGUCAAGGAAGAGAACAAGGACUUGCUCGCCACUGAGAUGGUCUCCCGGCCACAUUCUGGAUCAUCUGCUCCAGAGCAAACUCAGGUGACUUUUGAAGAAGUGUCCAUAUAUUUCACCGAGGGGGAGUGGGCCUUGCUGGAUCUGGACCAAAGAGCUCUAUACAGAGAGGUCAUGCUGGAGAAUUACGAGGAGGUGUCUGCUCUAGAUAUCUUGACUGCAAAUGAGAUCCAAGAAGAAAGUCUAUCACCACGAGACGUUCAUCCUCACUUGGUGGAAAUGCCCAAGAUAUUACCCCAAGAAUUUCCGGAGGUUGUUUGCUCGGCCCUCGUGGACUGUGAACGCGAUGGCUCAGCCGGUAAGGAGGACACGGUCAGGAUUCCUCUGAAUGGCGUCCUCCAGCCAGCAGGUUCUCAGGGAAUCUCACGGAAAGAUUUCCCGGGGUCCCUUUCCAUGAAGUCAGAACCUUUCGAUCAGGGUUACGAGUCUGAGCGACAGCACAGAACGACCCCCGUGAAGACACAGAGCCUAAACCUUCGGAAAGAGAAGGACAUCAUGGCGGAUAACGUCGGCCUAAUUUGUGCUGGAGCAGAGCACCACAUCUGUCGCAAAUGCGGGCGGACCUUUGAGCACCAGUCGGGGCUGAUCGUCCACCAGAUGAUCCACACAGCCGAGCGGCCUUACGAGUGUCUCGAGUGCGGCAAAAGCUUCUGCCGACAAGACAAUCUUCUGGAGCAUCAAAGGAUCCACCUGGAGGAGCGGCCUUAUGAAUGCCCCCAGUGCGGGAAAACCUUCAGCGCUCGCUCGUAUCUGAUCAGCCACCAGAGAAUCCACAGGGGCGAGAAGCCGCCGUACAGGUGUCUCCACUGCGCCAAGAGUUUCAGCCACAGGUCCUCGCUGGUCAACCAUCACAGGAUCCACACGGGAGAGAAACCGUUCGAGUGUCCCGAAUGCGGCGAAAGUUUCUUCCAGAGCGGGCAGCUGAUACGGCACCGGAGGAUGCACACCGGCGACUGGCCGUACAAGUGCUCCUUCUGCGGCAAGAGCUUCAACCGCAGCUCCGACGUCUCCCGCCACGAGCGGAUCCACACGGGCGAGAAGCCCUUCAAGUGCACCACGUGCGAGAAGUGCUUCAGCCAGCGGUCCAAGCUGAUUGUCCACGAGCGGUUCCACACGGGCUACAAGCCCCACACCUGCUCCUACUGCGGGAGGAGCUUCCACCAGAGAUCGGACCUGGUGAAGCACGAGCGGAUCCACACGGGAGAGAAGCCCUACAAGUGCUCCGAUUGCGGAGGGAGCUUCCACCGGAGUUCGGAUCUGGUGAAGCACAAGUGGAUCCACACCGGGGAGCGGCCGUACAAGUGUUCCACCUGUGAGAAGAGCUUCCGGCAGCGCUCGGCCCUCCUGUACCACGAGAGGACCCACACGGGGGAGAAACCGUACGCCUGCACGGCCUGCGGGAAAGGCUUCAGUUGUAAAGCCCACCUGGUGCUCCACAAGAGGACCCACACGGGGGAGAAGCCCUACAAGUGUAACUACUGUGGGAAAAGUUUCACCACCAGCUCAUACUUUGUGAAGCAUCAGAGGAUCCACUUAGGACAAGAAACUCUGCCGGUUCUGUGA